AUGAUCAUUACACCGAUCCUAGACGAAACUGAAGAAUCUCAAUAUGAAGACCAUGUACGGACAACUCCAUCUUCGCCUCCACCAGCUAAUGACGUCCAACUUCAAUCUAAUGAUACUGCGCAGCCAAAUGCAGCUGAUGGUGACGAUGCCGAGGAUGAAGCUACCAAAACAAGAACAGGGAGGAAGAGGUUUAUGUAUGUUCCAUGUCCACAUACAGCUGAGGUCCUCUCAGAAGCAUUGAUGGAAUGUCUGUUGGAUUGGAAUAUUGAUGGUAAGAUAUCUACUAUUACUGUUGAUAAUUGCACCACUAAUGAUCUUAUGAUCAAAAAUACCUUGGAAAAAUUGUCAAGUAACUCAUUACUAUUGGGUGGAGAUUUGUUUCAUAUGCGUUGUUGUGCGCACAUACUAGCUCUCAUAGUCAAGCAAGGAUUAGAAGGGAUUAAAGGGGCAAUCGAGUUGAUUCGUAAUAGUGUUUCUUACUGGAAAGCAACACCAAAACGAGUUGAAAAAUUCGAAGAGGCUGCCCGUCAGUUAAAUAUUGCAUGUACAAAUAAGCUAGUCCUUGAUUGUGAGACUAGAUGGAACUCUACAUAUAUGAUGCUUAAUAUUGCUAUUAAGUAUCAAAGGGUCUUCACUCGCCUAAAGCAACGAGAGCCACAAUAUAAGUAUUUUCCCGGUGAAGAAGAUUGGUCGUUGGCAAGGGAGAUGUGUGAUAAAUUGAAGAUAUUUUAUAACUUCACGGAGAAGUUUUCUGGAGUAAAAUAUCCUACAACCAAUCUUUUUUUUCCAAGUAUUUGUGAGAUUAGAUUGUCAUUGAACGAGUGGAGUAAAUCUAAAUUUGAUGUGAUAAGAGAAAUGGCAUCAGACUUCGAAAUGACUCGAGUAAGCAAUUUAUGUUUUGAUUUGGCUAAAGAGUAUGAACUGAAAGUAUUUGCUGAUAAAUCUAUUGGCCAAAGUGAUUUUUCAUCCACUUCUCGAUCAGAGAUGUAUGGUUUAGAUGAUGACGUAGAUCCUUUGGAUAAAUUUGAUAUGUUUGUCUCUAAUAGCACUCAGACUAGUACUGUUAAGUCAGAGUUAACAUGUUAUUUGGAGGAAAGUCUUUUACCUAGGGCGAAUGAUUUUGACAUACUAGCAUGGUGGAAGAAAAAUGGAAUCAAAUAUCCGGUCUUGCAGUGUAUGGCUAGAGACAUCUUAGUGAUUCCAGUGUCUAUAGUUGCUUCAGAAUCUGCUUUUAGCACUGGAGGUAGAUUUGUGAGUAUCCAACGUAAUCGACUUCAUCCAAAAACAUUGGAAGCUCUGAUGUGCACUCAAGAUUGGCUGUGGGAUAAGAUGGAAGGUGAAUUAAAAUCAGAACGGGGAACUUUUUGGGAAGAUAAUGAAGAAGACCAUGUUGAGAUUAUUAACAUGGAGGAAGAUGGUUAA